AAGGAAGACCAGAUAGAUGAUCUUGUGAUGGAGCGUGAUGAGUACAAGACUGCCUAUGCCGAGGCACAGUUGCAUUCUCGGGGGUUCACUGCAGAAAGUGUCAAAUCAACAAGCAAGUCAGAGAAAGUUCCUGACCCACCUCUCCUCACCGAUAGCAAAGACCCCAAGUUCGAGGACUGGAUGAUUGAGAUGAAAGGAAAGUUCGUGGUGAAUGCAGACCGGUUGGGUGAUGAUCAGAUGAAGCGAAUUUACCUUGUCUCCCGAACUAGCGGCCCUGCUCGACAGCAGUUGAGUGUCAGACUGCGUGAGGACACCACCAAUCCCUAUACUAGUGUUGAACAGAUGUUCAAGACACUCACCACUGCUUUCCGGAACCCCCACCAUCGCAUGGAAGCUGAUGCAGAACUGCAGAAACUGUACAUGCGUCCGGGUGACAAGUUCCCUGAGUUCCUGGCCAAGUUUCUAUUGCUGGCAAGUGAAGCAGGAAUUCCUGGUGACUGA